CGGCAGUGGGUGGGGAGAGCAGGGGAUGGGGUGGCAGAUCCUGAGUUGUCGGUUGUCAUACACCCGGAAUGAUCAGCAGCUCGUGAGCCGCCGGGAGCAAUGCACAGGCAGUGACUGAGCAUCUCGUGAGAAUCCAGGAGACGGUACAGAGACCGGGCAGCAGCCGCAGCCGCAAUGGCACAAGCACCGACUUGGGGAGAGAGAACUCGCUGAGGCUGUGCUUAUAAUCGACGUGUGAAUGGAAAUGAUAGACCAGUGAUUGAUCUCCAGGUGAGGAGCGCAGCUGAAUGACGACACUCUGUAUGAUGCUGCAGGAGGACAGCAGCUUCUCACUAAUUUCUACCAAAAAUGGAGUCAGGAUCCUCUGCAUUAGCUUUUGUUUGAUGGCACAUUAAGCACUCUGAAACUCUACCCUGCGUGAAGGAUACUAUAUAAAUGUAAGUUGUUGUUGACAUGUUCUGAAUGGAUGAAUAGGGCAUUUAAUUACACCAAGUAUACCUCUGUCCAGAGCAGUUCAACACAAUCAAAGAUGUCUGCCUUUCUCUUGAAUGGUAGGAUUUGUUUUUCAGCAUUUAGGCCUUUGCUUUUUAGGUCACCUGUAUUGAGAUUUGGUACCUCCACGCUGAAAGGAACCCUUAGGUUAAAGGUCUUACCCAAAUUAGCUUUUAUUUGCUUGGGAUUCAGGGAAGCCUCACUGCAUGUAGCAAGCUGUCAGAAGAAGACAACACUCACUGAUACAAGACCACUACCAUACUCCAAGUGUAGAGCCGAUCACCUCUAUUUGAAUUAUCUGCUCUGGAAACUUUGUUUUGCUGUCCACUUGGGACUCCGAGCCUUGAUACUUAUGCUACGGUUUGGACCUCUGUUAGUGCUCUAUCCAAUUUGUUUCAUGUCAACUGGUUUUGCGGCGAUCUGGAGAGACCAGCUGCUGAAGGCCACAGAGACUUCGGGGCCAACUUUCAUAAAGCUAGGGCAAUGGUUCAGCACCAGACAGGACCUCUUCUCAACACAGAUUUGUGACAUGUUCUCUAAACUCCAUGUCCAUGUUAUUCCACACACCUGGGACUACACCAAGCACUGCUUCAGAAGUGCUUUCGGAGCCAGCUGGAAAGAAAUAUUUAAGAUGGAAAGUAAAGAUCCCAUGGGUUUGGGCUGCCUCACCCAAGUUUACAGAGCUUACACUGAUCCAAGAAAUAUUAAUAACCUUGAAUUUCAGAAACUAGUAGAGGACUUUGAAAAGGAGGAUCUGUUUGAAGCCUGGGAGAUCUUCAGACUUAAAGGGAUAUUUCAACACCUCUUUGGUGACAGACGGGAGACUUUUCUACACCAAAGUCAUAAGGAGGGUUUUAAUGGCCCCCAUAGGCUUCAACCUGUGGAAGAAUAUAAUGGUCCAGGCAAGCAACUCCAUUGCAUUCCAGUGGCGAUAAAGGUGCUGCACCCUGGGAUAGAGCAUCAGGUCGCUCUGGAUCUCAUAAUAAUGAAAGCCGGGAGCUGGCUCCUCAGCCUCCUGCCAAAGCUGAAGUGGUUGCGACUGCCUGAGGUGAUCGAAGAGUUUGAAAUCCUCAUGAGAAGACAGAUUGACUUACGAUAUGAGGCAGAGAACUUGGAACGCUUCCGAGAAAAUUUUAAGGAUGUGGAAAGUGUCAGGUUUCCGAUGCCUCUCAGACCAUUUGUGACGAAAAGGGUUCUGGUUGAAACUUUUGAGGAUAGUGAACCAAUCUCUCAGUAUUUGAAGGAGCAUGAGCACAAUGGGCUCAAGCAAUGGCUGGCAAGGAUGGGAGUGAAGAUGCUGUUGAAAAUGAUUUUAGUGGACAACUUUGUUCAUGGAGACCUUCACCUGGGAAAGCUCCGGGUUCAAGGGGCUGGUCAACUUGACCUGCGUUGCGAGGAAAAAACAUCCCUUGUGGACAUGUGUGACACACUUGUCGUUAACGUGCAGCCCUCCUGCUGCCCAUUCAAGCUUGUGUUUCUAGGUGCAGACAUUGUGGCCCAGCUACAGCCUCCUCCUCCAGACAAUAUCAAGGCCACCUUCAACGCUAUCAUAGAGACGCAGGAGGAGUGGAUCGCAGAGCUAUUUCUCGCUCACGCCAGGGCCAGUGAAGGCUGGAAUACGCAGCAUUUGAAAUCUGAAAUGGUGCAACUGGUCAUGGAGACCAGGAAGAGUGCUAUAUCACUUGGAAAGGUGCAGGUAGGAGAUUUCUUGGCUCAAGUCUUGCAUUUGCUGAAGACCCACAAGGUUAAGAUGGAGAGUAAUGCUGCCGUCAUCAUUAUCACUCUCAUGGUUGUGGAGAGUCUGGGAAAGUCUCUGGAUCCUAAGCUGGACAUGCUGGAUUUGGUCAGACCGCUGCUGCUGGAAAGCUCUAUCCAUUUCUAGUCUCAACACUCAGCCAAUCCUUGACUCUUGACACUAUCAUCAAUUGGAGAGAAAACUGGCCUUCAGAGAGGAGUAGAGAGCCUAACGGAAUGAGCUAUGAACCGAGUGAAGUGAGAACAGAGUGUGACUUGAUGAAGGAAUUUGGUGAGAGUGGGAAUUCCUUGUUUACAAAUGGGAAUUAAAACAUUUAACUUAACAACAAGGCAGUUGAUAGUUAAUUGUUAGCUGACCAGUUGAAACUGGUUCUGUGUGAUACAGGGGUAUUUAAAAUGGAGGCUUGUGGGAGCCUCACUCAAGCACAGACCUCAAUGUAGUGAGUUGUGAAUGGAGGAAGUGGGAACAGUGAGACUUGAUGAAGGAAUUUGGUGAGAUUGCAAAUUCUGUGCAGAGUGGAAGGAGGUGCUUAUAUAUAUUCUAGGAAUAUGGCAGAACAACAAAGACCUGUUGCAUGCACAUUGUGUGCCAUGUGGGAACUCCAGGAUGGUUCUCUUGUAAUAGACAACAGGAGAAGAGCAAUUUUAGGAAAUCAAUGCCACAAUGGGGUAAACGACUCCACAGGGGCUACAGGGAAGUAUAGCGAUGCUAUUGUCAUUGAGGAUUCAACAAUUGGGGAUAAACAGGUGUUUCUGCAACCAAAGACGUGAGUCUGGAAUGGUGUGGUGCUUCCCUGGUGUCAGGGUGGAGGAUGUCACGGAACAGGUGCAGAACAUUCUGUGGGGGAAAGGGGAACUGCCAGAAGUUGUGGUCCAUAUUGGAACCAACAACGUAGGAAAGAAAAGGGUAGAGAUUUUAUAGGCAGAGUUUGAGGCACUAGGAGGAAGACUAAAGAUGAGGACCUCAAAUGUGGUAAUCUCUGGAUUACUGGAUUAGAGUUAAGGAGCAGAAGAGGAGCUGUUACGCUGUUGGGUGUAUAGACCAUCAAAUAGUG